AUGACCUCCAUCCCCAUUGCGCAGGGCAACCCUGCCCACCUGCUCCCCCCGAGCUGGAAGACCCAGGUCACGGCAUGGCUUGCCGAAGACACCCCGUCCUUUGACUACGGCGGCUACGUGGUCGGCGAGGGCGAGCGCACUGCCACCCUCUGGGGCAAGUCGGACGGCAUCAUCGCCGGCCGCCCGUUCUUCGACGAGGUCUUCACCCAGUGCGGCUGCACCGUCGAGUGGCACGCCCAGGACGGCGACGCCAUCGCCACGAGCCGCCACGACGGCGGCAAGAUGAGAGUGGCCACCGUCCGCGGCCCCGUC